GCUGAAUCAUUCAAGGAACAAGGAAAUGCAUACUAUGCCAAGAAAGAUUACAAUGAAGCAUACAACUAUUACACAAAAGCCAUAGAUACCUGUCCUAAUAAUGCCAGUUAUUAUGGUAACAGAGCUGCCACACUCAUGAUGCUGGGGAGAUUCCGAGAAGCACUGGGAGAUGCUCAGCAGUCUGUCAGAUUGGAUGAUAGCUUUGUAAGGGGCCAUCUACGGGAAGGGAAAUGCCAUCUUUCCCUAGGGAAUGCCAUGGCUGCCAGCCGCUGCUUUCAACGAGUUUUAGAACUGGAUCAUAAGAAUACUCAGGCACAGCAAGAGCUGAAGAACGCCAGUACUGUGCUUGAGUAUGAAAAAAUAGCUGAAGUGGAUUUUGAGAAACGGGAUUUCAGGAAGGUUGUGUUUUGCAUGGAUCGUGCUUUGGAGUUUGCUCCUGCUUGUCACCGAUUCAAAAUCCUCAAGGCUGAAUGUUUAGCGUUAUUGGGUCGCUACCCAGAAGCACAGUCUGUAGCAAGUGACAUCUUACGAAUGGACUCAACAAAUGCAGACGCUCUGUAUGUCCGUGGUCUCUGCCUUUAUUAUGAGGACUGUAUUGAGAAAGCAGUGCAGUUUUUUGUCCAAGCACUCAGAAUGGCUCCUGAUCACGAGAAAGCAUGUCUUGCCUGCCGUAAUGCCAAAGCACUUAAAGCAAAGAAAGAAGAUGGGAAUAAAGCAUUCAAAGAAGGAAACUACAAACUAGCAUAUGAACUGUACACAGAGGCACUAGGAAUAGAUCCAAAUAACAUAAAAACAAAUGCCAAACUCUACUGCAACCGGGGAACAGUUAAUUCAAAGCUUAGGAAACUUGAAGAAGCAAUAGAUGACUGCACAAAUGCAGUAAAACUGGAUGACACAUAUAUCAAAGCAUACUUGAGGAGAGCACAAUGUUACAUGGACACAGAACAAUAUGAAGAUGCUGUAAGAGACUAUGAAAAGGUUUAUCAGACAGAAAAAACAAAAGAACACAAGCAACUUCUAAAGAAUGCACAGGUGGAACUGAAAAAGAGCAAACGGAAAGACUACUAUAAAAUCCUUGGGGUUGACAAAAAUGCCUCUGAAGAUGAGAUCAAGAAGGCUUACAGGAAAAGAGCACUAAUGCAUCAUCCAGACCGACAUAGUGGGGCAAGUGCAGAAGUACAGAAGGAAGAGGAGAAGAAAUUUAAGGAGGUUGGUGAAGCCUUUACCAUCCUGUCAGAUCCCAAGAAGAAGGCCCGCUACGACAGCGGGCAGGAUCUAGAAGAGGAUGGAUUGAACAUGGGAGACUUUGAUGCAAAUAAUAUCUUCAAGGCCUUCUUUGGUGGGCCAGGUGGCUUCAGUUUUGAAGCUUCUGGGCCUGGAAAUUUCUUUUUCCAGUUUGGCUAAAAAACAAACAAACAAAAAAAACACAAACAAAAACCACACAUACCUGAUCUGCUUAUUUUAACCUUGAAUACGGACAUACUUAGACUCCUUCCUUCAUCAUGUCUCAUUGUACUUAGAGCAGUUUCAUUUUUCUCGGUUGGAGACCUCUGUUUUGUGUGCUUUUGUGUGUGAAGAGGAAACCAGCUCGGGGAGGGGAAGGCUUGUGAAUUUUGUUUUACUGUUAACUUUAUUAAAAAAAAAAAAAAAAAUAAAGCUUUGAAUCUUUUGGUCCCUCCAUGCUGGCCCGUACUUUCAGACUGUUCCUGCUCCUCAGCAGAGAGGAUUUCCCUGAAGUCCUCUCGGAAUCUUGACUUGUAAGAGGGUGAAGUAAUCUCCUAUUUUGUUUUGGUUGACUCCAAAGUGCAGUAUGGCAGCAUGUCUGGGGUUUGUAGUAACUUUUAAGUUAUCUUAAUCUUCUGAAAAUAUUGCCAAGAUUCAAUCAAGUUUCAUACAAUUGCAUUUUACCUGCCAGCUGUCUUUUUUUUCUUCUUUUUUUUUUUGCCAUGGUUCUACCAGAAUGGUACACUUGGGCAUUAACUUCAAUGAUAAUGUGUGAGCUUAACAAUUUUGUAUCAGAGAAAUGCUUCUUUGGAUUUAAAAGAGCAGCUUAUGCGAGAAUUCCCUGUGAUGCAGCUAGAAUUAAGGGCUUUGUGUUGCCACUCCAAGAAUUGUCCUGUUUAAGGGAAUAUUGAAUUUACUCUGGGCUGAAUUUCUUCACCGUACUUUUUUUAAUUAAUCCACUUGAACAUUUAAUAUUUGUGCUAAAACUUGAUUUUGUUGAGCUUGAUGUUUGAUUUCGUGUUACUGAUCCAUAACGUGGAUGACCUCUUUCUAGCUCUGAAGAAAUGCAAAGUAAAAUUCAGGUUAAUAAUUGAAAACGGUUACUGUGUGCGUGCAGCAGUGUGCUCUCGUAAUGUUUACAGGAACUGUACAGAUAUGUUAAACUAGUCAAGUAGUUUUCAACUAGAAGUAAUUUACUAGUCCAAAGAAGCAAGAAAAUGCAAAGUCAAACUCUGAACUGACAGUCUGUCACUUGCUUCUCUUGCACAAUGUCAGGGCAAGUGCUGGAGGGAUGAGCUUAAAGCCUGGAGCUGCGUGCAGCUGCACCAUCUCAAAUUGAAAAUGGAUUUGGUUUGGUGGUACUGCCAGUUAACACGAAUGCUGUUUUAUUUUUCACCAUAAAUGUAGUGUUACAGCAAGAUCACAGCUGGGAGAGGACUCUGCUUCCAGAAUUCUUCCCUUUUCUCUAGAGAGUGAAGAACCUUUUUGACUAGGUGCUUUGUUCAAGUUAAGUACUGUCUGUGAAACGGUUCUGGAGCACAGCGGGUGGCAUUGUCUGACAGAGCCUCUCGAGGUCUUGCUCAGAAGUGGGGUGUGAGAGAAAGUGUGUUGGCACUCGGCAACACCAGCGAGAAGGGCAGAGUCUUGGCAGCCUUGCUGUAUCUGGAGUGUUUUGAACUGACCUGCAGUAGUGUAGUGAUGUUUGGAGGGCUGAAUUUUGCUUGGCUAAGAAAACGGGUGUUUAUACAAAUACAUGCAAGACUCUUUCCUAGAGCAACCUGACACUAACUUUUAUAUAAUAUCUGAUUUAACUUCUUACUGCAGGAAGAAAAACUGCAAUGAAUUCAUUGCAUGAAAUGCUAACAUCGUUGUCUUCCUUCCUUUUGAGGGCUGUACUUGUCCUGUUCAGUGGGACAGAGUUGCUAGACCACAAUGCAAGUGAACUUCAUUUCCAACAGUUGCAAUAGUGUCAUGGUGCUGCCGCCGCCGAGUACUACAGUCCUGUGGUUGUGUUUUGUCAGAUUUAUUGACAAUCUGCUUUCAUAGAGGGAAGAUUUAAGGGCUUAAAUUCUAGUACUGCAGAAUAAAGAAAGAAUUCUAUAACUCACUCGAAAGUCAGCUUUGAAAAUGAGCCAAUGUUGAGUAAUAUUUCCAAAAACAGACUCUACAACAUUUAUUCUAACUUCCUUCGCACCAGUGUAAUGUGAUGGACUUACCCGGAUUGCACUGAGAGCAAAAUAAGGUCCUAGCAUCUUUUAGACUCUGAAAUGGUAAUUAUCUGGGGAAUUGAAAUACUGGUCUAUGCAUAUUGAUACUUCUUCAGUUCUCAUGGCACUUGUGAGUCAGAGUUUACAGGACUUGUUUUAGUGUGGCAUUCUGGAUUCAUAAUGUCUUGUCCUGUGUGUAUUGAUAUUACUGUACAGUUUGGACUUUCCUCAGUCUUUUAUUACCAUGCAGAGAUGUGUCCUGCAUUUGUCAGUGGUUUUUAUUAUUAUUAUU